GCCCAAAGCGUCAGUUGAUCAUCGAUCGCGGCGCGUUCAUGACUUAUUAGUAUCGAGCGCGCGAGGAACCGCCACCACACGUUUGCCCGCUGCACUCUUAGAAAAAAUGAAAUUUACGCUUGACGUAAAUUCAAACAUGCCAUAAUUUCUUCGGUGAUGACACAAUAUUACAUCUACUAACAUGUAAAAAUAAACUUCGCGUCUAUAUCGAUGUAAGCUUAAGCUACAUUAACUGUGAAGUUACUGAUAUGACUUAUCUUUACAUGUUUUGAAUCGUGAAUUUUGCAAUCUUGAAAAUCGGAGACAAUACGAUGCACAAUUUUAGUGCGCUGGUGCAUGCAUGCGAUUUCAACCGCUUUCGCUCUCAGAGGUUUUUCCGUAGUGCCAUAUCUAACCAAUAAGGUCGAAGCGACAAAGUGCAGUGCUUAAUAACAACAACGACGAAAGGGCGAACAGGAAAAAAGUGAGGAUUUUUCCUUGAUUAGGAAAUGGUGCUCAACGAUAGUCAACUAGCGUUAUGUACAGUUUUCACUUUGUACCUGGGCGGUCUACCACUGAUGUACAGUCCGGCCCCCAGAGGAGACUGUGAAAACUGUUGCCCCAUACGGGAACCAAAGGACAUUCAGUUUUUCCUCUUCACAAGAGAAAACCGCGACAAAGGAGACGUGCUCUAUGUUUCCGACAAGAAACAUCUGAGGAAGUCUCACCUGAAUAGAACCAAUCCGUUGGUAAUCUAUAUGCACGGUUUCUCGGAACGGGCACCGGGCGGCGAGGGCGAAAGUAGCAAACAGAUGCGGGACGCAAUUCUCGACGCACACGAUUAUAACGUAAUUCUGGUCGAUUGGAGCCCGCUGACGGCCUUACCGUGGUACGUCAAUUCCGUUCAGAAUGGACCACGUGUUGGCCGCUACAUUGCCAGGUUCAUACGUUUCCUGGUGCUAUCCAACUUUCCACUGCAACAGAUCCACCUGAUUGGGUUCAGCCUGGGAGCAGAAGUGGCCGGGUUUGCCGGGAAAACUCUCAACGAAUGGGGCAUGAAACUGCCACGAAUAACGGGACUGGACCCGGCCUUUCCGCUGUACGUGUUCGAACGAGCUUCGCAGAGGCUCAGUCCCAAGGAUGCCGAAUUCGUGGACGUUAUUCACACCGACGGUGGACUUCUGGGCUAUCCGUGGCCGCUGGGUCACGUAGAUUUCUAUCCCAACGGGGGAGUUCCGCUUCAGCCGGGAUGUGCGCAGCAAGAGCUUUCGAAAAACCGUUGGUUGGGUGUAAUCAUUGGUUGCAGCCACGCACGUGCUUGGCAAUACUUUGCCGAGUCCCUGUCCAGGCCCAGGAGCUUCCUGUGUGAUCGGUGCGAGAAUAGUGACGACGACUCAUCGGGUGUGGACGGCAGCAAUUGCACGAUGACGAAGGAGGUGUACAUGGGAAUGGACAUCGACAAGAGCUUACGAGGGAAGUUCUAUCUGAGCACGAAUCCGGAGCCGCCCUUCGGAAAGAAUCUGCCGUUGGACUAAGCCAGUUCCAGCAUUUCAAAAGUGCGUGUGUUCCACAAGUGUACAAACUUCUAGCGAUAGUAUAACUAGCUGUAGGCCUAAGUAGAAUCUUUAAAUUUAUCUGUACAUACAGUGACA